AUGUCCACUGACGCCUUACAAGAGACCAACAACAAGACCCUUGGGACUGCCGCUGGAACCUUCCCAGUCAUCACUCUGCCAGACGGUCGAAAGGUGCCCACUGGAACAGUUGGAGCCUUGCUGGUCAACAUCAAGGCCUACGACGAAGGCGAUGAGACUAUAAAAGCUGAGCUUGAGCCAGCUAUACAAUCGGCGAUCCCAACUUUACACAAAGUGGGCAUGUUUGACCUCUUCGCUCCUGAGGAAUGGACAUCAAGUCGCAGCCUCGGCCGCAGCCUUGUGGGCCGACUAGCGCAUGACUACAUCAGGGAGCUUUACGCGCUGGAGAACCCAGGAACCUCCGAGCAGUGA